AUGCCGGGAAGCUCCAUUAAGCGCUCCCUUGGAGUUGAGCUCACCCGGACGAUCCAAGAAUCCCGCGUGUUGCUGGUAGGCGCCGGCGGCAUCGGGUGCGAGCUGCUAAAAAACCUCGUCCUCACAGGUUUCGGCGAAAUCCACAUAAUCGACCUAGACACAAUCGAUCUUAGCAACCUGAAUCGCCAGUUUCUUUUCCGACAUGAACACAUAAAGAAGCCCAAAGCCCUGGUAGCGAAGGAGGUUGCGCAUAAAUUCCAACCCAAGGCGAAGCUAGAGGCAUACCAUGCGAACAUCAUGGAUAAGCAAUUCGAUGUCCACUGGUUCCAAUCGUUUACGAUUGUAUUCAACGCAUUGGAUAACCUCGCAGCGCGACGCCACGUCAACCAUAUGUGCUUAGCUGCAUCGGUUCCUUUAAUUGAAAGCGGCACUACGGGAUUCAACGGACAGGUCCAGGUUAUUGAGAAGGGAAAAACUGAAUGUUAUGACUGCAAUCCAAAGGAGGUGCAGAGGUCAUUUCCUAUUUGCACCGUGCGAAGUUCACCGACUCAGCCAAUACACUGCAUUGUGUGGGGAAAGAGUUACCUAUUACCUGAACUAUUUGGUGAAAGUGAAGAUAAUCCGGCAGUGUUUGAUACCUCAGAAAAUGCUGACAAUGAGCACGAGAUUGCGGAAUUGCAGCGAGAAAAGGAAGAUCUUAAAGAAAUCCGCGAGUCCAUGGGGUCCGAUGAUUUCUCAUAUAAAGUAUUCGACAAGGUAUUCAGAAAGGAUAUCGAACGGCUAAGUGGAUUGAAAGAUAUGUGGAAAGAGAGGGAACCUCCAACUGCGCUCUCCUGGGAUCAACUUUUAGAGCAAUCGUCUUCCUUGGACUCCAAAACAAUUGCCAAAUUCGACCAGAGACCCUGGUCGCAGCCUGAAGCUUUUAUUAUGUUUAAAGAAAGUUUGGAUCUACUGAGCAAGCGCUUUCAAGUGCUUCAGACAAACAGAGCACCGGAAGACUCAAUGCCAAUUCUGGAGUUCGACAAGGAUGAUGAAGAUACCCUGGACUUUGUGACUGCGACGGCUAUUUUACGCUCUGCGAUUUUCAAUAUCGAGCCCAAGUCCAAAUUCGAUACCAAACAGAUGGCUGGUAACAUCAUUCCUGCCAUUGCCACUACAAAUGCGAUGACUGCAGGGCUCUGCGUCCUUCAGUCCUUCAAGGUGCUUCAAGGCGCUCUUUCAAACGCGAUGGUCUUCCUUGAGAAAUCAGGGGUACGUGCUAUCAACACAGAGCCUUUGAAUCCUCCCAAAGAAGAUUGCACUGUAUGCUCUGCUGCAACGGGAUAUGUCAUUGUUGAUAAAAAUAGUGCAACGUUGAAUAAUAUUGUCGAAGACGUUCUCCGAUUAGAACUAGGAUAUGGCGAGGAGAUAUCGAUCUUGAAAGAUUCGGCUUUGAUAUAUGACCCUGAACUUGAGGAAAAUCUCUCAAAGAAGCUUUCCGAGCUCGGGUUUACGAAUGGCACCUCAAUUACUGUCGUCGACGAGGAUGACGAAGAUCAAGACCCUCGAGCCAAUUUGGAGCUCUUCAUCAUUGAAAGAACGGAAUCAGCCACUGGUGAUGAAAAGCCUGCUUCGCUAAAGAACACACUCACCAUUUCUCGCAAACCCAAGCCGAAUCAACAAUCUCCCCCAGAGGAGGAGAAUGGCUCCGCAAACGGUGUAGUCAACCCCGCGAAACGCAAACGCGAAGGCGAAGAUGAGGAUUUGACAAAUGGGCAUGUUGCAAAAAAGAUUGCUGGAGAACCGCCUUCCAAUACUAGUGGCAAUAAUGGGGUCAUUGUCAUAGAUGAUGACGAGGGCGCCGAGGGUAAAGGUGAAGGUGCUAUUUUGAUCGAUGAUUAG